AUGGGAAACUUCAUUUCUUCCAACAAGCACGAGAAGACCGCGACGUCCACCACCACACAGACUUUAACGGCGAGCGGUCCCGCGAGCCCGCCAGCCAAGGUCGGGCAGUACAUCGACGAGCGGGGGAAUCAUCGGUACGACGUCCAGGGCAAGGCGUCGCCGGCAGUGACAGGACUCGGGGCGGCUGACAAGCACAAGGAGAGCGCUCCCUCCGUGCUAUCCACCCCAUCCCUUUACAGCGUAGACUUGAAGCAGGAGGGUGCAGCCCCGGCCAAGAAAUACCCCGAAUACCAAAUCCCCAAGCCCCAGCACUACAUCGAUGAGGUCGGUCGCGAGCAGUUUGGCAUCCGAGCCAAAUCGGCCAUAGCGUCUGGGAGUGCGACCAAGACAUACAUCCCGUUCUCAGGAGGAGGAGGCAUAUGGCGACCAUUCCUGACCAAGGCGGAUAUCCUGUUGCGAGCCGCAGCCACCGCUAAAUGCGGGACAUUAGUACUUGUUCUGGUCUUUGAGCUCAUCGAGACACCCUGCGCCUGUGACACGUCCACCCAUCGUCCUGGUAUGGCAGCAUUGCAUCUACCCCUCUCUACCUCGUCUACCGGAGGGACUCUACCCCUCCCUUCCGCUGCCAAGACGGUCGUCUCGUCAUCGCGUCAUCGUCGUCUCGUCAUCUCCGCCGCCACCCAAAGCAGCAACGCCGCAUCUCCACAUCGUUACUCAUGCAAGACUCGCCUGCUAUUGGGUGGAAAGGGCAGUUAG